UCAGAUAUCAACGAAUGCACUGCGAAUACACACAACUGCGACAGGACGAACGGCAUAUGCACCAAUACACCGGCAGGAUCAUUCACGUGUUCUUGUAAAAGUGGUUUCACUGGAAACGGGAGAACAUGCACAGAUAUCAACGAAUGCACUGCGAAUACACACAACUGCGACAGGACGAACGGCAUAUGCACCAAUACACCGGCAGGAUCAUUCACAUGUUCUUGUAAAAAUGGUUUCACUGGAAACGGGAUAAUAUGCACAGACAUAAACGAGUGCACUGCGAACACCCAGAACUGUGACAGAACCAAUGGUAUAUGCACCAACACUCAAGGAUCAUUCACAUGCGCUUGUAAACCUGGCUUUACUGGAAACGGGGUGACAUGCAGUGCAACAGCUGUAGACGAAUGCACAUUGAAAACAGACAAUUGUGACAGGACAAACGGGAUCUGUACUGAUACUCCGACAUCAUUUGUCUGUUCGUGCAAGAAUGGCUUUGCAGGCAAUGGAAGGACUUGCACAGAUAUCAACGAAUGUACUGCGAAUACACACAACUGCGACAGGACAAACGCUAUAUGUAGCAAUAAAGUCGGUUCCUUCACCUGUGCCUGUAAAACGGGAUUCACCGGAAACGGGAUAACAUGCACAGAUAUCAACGAAUGCACUGCGAAUACACACAACUGCGACAGGACGAACGGCAUAUGCACCAAUACACCGGCAGGAUCAUUCACGUGUUCUUGUAAAAGUGGUUUCACUGGAAACGGGAGAACAUGCACAGCUGUAGACGAAUGCACAUUGAAAACAGACAAUUGUGACAGGACAAACGGGAUCUGUACUGAUACUCCGACAUCAUUUGUCUGUUCGUGCAAGAAUGGCUUUGCAGGCAAUGGAAGGACUUGCACAGAUAUCAACGAAUGUACUGCGAAUACACACAACUGCGACAGGACAAACGCUAUAUGUAGCAAUAAAGUCGGUUCCUUCACCUGUGCCUGUAAAACGGGAUUCACCGGAAACGGGAUAACAUGCACAGAUAUCAACGAAUGCACUGCGAAUACACACAACUGCGACAGGACGAACGGCAUAUGCACCAAUACACCGGCAGGAUCAUUCACAUGUUCUUGUAAAAAUGGUUUCACUGGAAACGGGAUAAUAUGCACAGACAUAAACGAGUGCACUGCGAACACCCAGAACUGUGACAGAACCAAUGGUAUAUGCACCAACACUCAAGGAUCAUUCACAUGCGCUUGUAAACCUGGCUUUACUGGAAACGGGGUGACAUGCAGUGCAACAGCUGUAGACGAAUGCACAUUGAAAACAGACAAUUGUGACAGGACAAACGGGAUCUGUACUGAUACUCCGACAUCAUUUUUCUGUUCGUGCAAGAAUGGCUUUGCAGGCAAUGGAAGGACUUGCACAGAUAUCAACGAAUGUACUGCGAAUACACACAACUGCGACAGGACAAACGCUAUAUGUAGCAAUACAGUCGGUUCCUUCACCUGUGCCUGUAAAACGGGAUUCACCGGAAACGGGAUAACAUGCACAGAUAUCAACGAAUGCACUGCGAAUACACACAACUGCGACAGGACGAACGGCAUAUGCACCAAUACACCGGCAGGAUCAUUCAUAUGUUCUUGUAAAAGUGGUUUCACUGGAAACGGGAGAACAUGCACAGAUAUCAACGAAUGCACUGCGAAUACACACAACUGCGACAGGACGAACGGCAUAUGCACCAAUACACCGGCAGGAUCAUUCACAUGUUCUUGUAAAAAUGGUUUCACUGGAAACGGGAUAAUAUGCACAGACAUAAACGAGUGCACUGCGAACACCCAGAACUGUGACAGAACCAAUGGUAUAUGCACCAACACUCAAGGAUCAUUCACAUGCGCUUGUAAACCUGGCUUUACUGGAAACGGGGUGACAUGCAGUGCAACAGCUGUAGACGAAUGCACAUUGAAAACAGACAAUUGUGACAGGACAAACGGGAUCUGUACUGAUACUCCGACAUCAUUUUUCUGUUCGUGCAAGAAUGGCUUUGCAGGCAAUGGAAGGACUUGCACAGAUAUCAACGAAUGUACUGCGAAUACACACAACUGCGACAGGACAAACGCUAUAUGUAGCAAUACAGUCGGUUCCUUCACCUGUGCCUGUAAAACGGGAUUCACCGGAAACGGGAUAACAUGCACAGAUAUCAACGAAUGCACUGCGAAUACACACAACUGCGACAGGACGAACGGCAUAUGCACCAAUACACCGGCAGGAUCAUUCAUAUGUUCUUGUAAAAGUGGUUUCACUGGAAACGGGAGAACAUGCACAGACAUAAACGAGUGCACUGCGAACACCCAGAACUGUGACAGAACCAAUGGUAUAUGCACCAACACUCAAGGAUCAUUCACAUGCGCUUGUAAACCUGGCUUUACUGGAAACGGGGUGACAUGCAGUGCAACAGCUGUAGACGAAUGCACAUUGAAAACAGACAAUUGUGACAGGACAAACGGGAUCUGUACUGAUACUCCGACAUCAUUUUUCUGUUCGUGCAAGAAUGGCUUUGCAGGCAAUGGAAGGACUUGCACAGAUAUCAACGAAUGUACUGCGAAUACACACAACUGCGACAGGACAAACGCUAUAUGUAGCAAUAAAGUCGGUUCCUUCACCUGUGCCUGUAAAACGGGAUUCACCGGAAACGGGAUAACAUGCACAGACAUAAACGAGUGCACUGCGAACACCCAGAACUGUGACAGAACCAAUGGUAUAUGCACCAACACUCAAGGAUCAUUCACAUGCGCUUGUAAACCUGGCUUUACUGGAAACGGGGUGACAUGCAGUGCAACAGCUGUAGACGAAUGCACAUUGAAAACAGACAAUUGUGACAGGACAAACGGGAUCUGUACUGAUACUCCGACAUCAUUUUUCUGUUCGUGCAAGAUUGGCUUUGCAGGCAAUGGAAGGAUUUGCACAGAUAUCAACGAAUGCACUGCGAAUACACACAACUGCGACAGGACGAACGGCAUAUGCACCAAUACACCGGCAGGAUCAUUCACGUGUUCUUGUAAAAGUGGUUUCACUGGAAACGGGAGAACAUGCACAGAUAUCAACGAAUGCACUGCGAAUACACACAACUGCGACAGGACGAACGGCAUAUGCACCAAUACACCGGCAGGAUCAUUCACAUGUUCUUGUAAAAAUGGUUUCACUGGAAACGGGAUAAUAUGCACAGACAUAAACGAGUGCACUGCGAACACCCAGAACUGUGACAGAACCAAUGGUAUAUGCACCAACACUCAAGGAUCAUUCACAUGCGCUUGUAAACCUGGCUUUACUGGAAACGGGGUGACAUGCAGUGCAACAGCUGUAGACGAAUGCACAUUGAAAACAGACAAUUGUGACAGGACAAACGGGAUCUGUACUGAUACUCCGACAUCAUUUUUCUGUUCGUGCAAGAAUGGCUUUGCAGGCAAUGGAAGGACUUGCACAGAUAUCAACGAAUGUACUGCGAAUACACACAACUGCGACAGGACAAACGCUAUAUGUAGCAAUACAGUCGGUUCCUUCACCUGUGCCUGUAAAACGGGAUUCACCGGAAACGGGAGAACAUGCACAGAUAUCAACGAAUGCACUGCGAAUACACACAACUGCGACAGGACGAACGGCAUAUGCACCAAUACACCGGCAGGAUCAUUCACAUGUUCUUGUAAAAGUGGUUUCACUGGAAACGGGAUUAUAUGCACAGACAUAAACGAGUGCACGGCGAACACCCAGAACUGUGACAGAACCAAUGGUAUAUGCACCAACACUCAAGGAUCAUUCACAUGCGCUUGUAAACCUGGCUUUAAUGGAAACGGGGUGACAUGCACUGCCACAGGAGUUGACGAGUGUGCCCUGGGUACCCAUGACUGCGAUAAGGUUAACGCUAAAUGCACUAACACGAUUGAUGCGUUUGUCUGCCAGUGUAAUAGAGGCUUCAUUGGAGAUGGAAGGUUCUGCGUCGAUAUAAACGAGUGUCAAGCAACUAACCAGCCAUGCACUGCUGCCAACUCAGAAUGCAAGAAUACAGUUGGUUCUUACCAGUGCGUCUGUAAAACUGGCUUUACUGGAAACGGCCAGAUAUGCACAGCUGGCAACAUAAAAUGUUCUGAUCCAAGGAUGGACUGUGACAAAAACGCAAUAUGUUCGGAUGGUGUUACUACCUAUACAUGCACAUGUAAGACUGGGUUCACUGGAAAUGGAAAGAUAUGUCUCGACAAAAACGAAUGUUCUGAUGACAGAACCAAUAAUUGUGACAAAGUUAAUGGACUAUGUAUAAAUCAGCCAGGUACUUUCACCUGUAGGUGUAAGACUGGCUUUACUGGAAAUGGACAGACAUGCACAGAUCUUGAUGAAUGCAGAUUGGGGACUGAUAACUGCGACAAAACUAAUGGAAUAUGCACCAACACGGCUGGGAGCUACUCGUGUAGGUGCAAGACUGGUUAUAAUGGAGAUGGAAAGACAUGCAACAGAGAUACCGAUGGUGCCUGGGGCGAAUGGCGUCAAUGGGGUGCAUGCUCAGUAACAUGUGGAACUGGAACCCAUAUACGUGUAAGAGCAUGUGACAAACCUCCGGCAACCGGAACUGGGCUCACCUGCCCGGGUAGUCGACAAGAACAAAGAACGUGUUCGGAUGUGGCAGACUGUGGGCCUGUUGCAUAUGUCUGCCCAGUGACUGGCUUCUUCUCGUGCAAUAUCAAUCAGGUGUGCGUGGCCAAUUCGUACGUCUGUGACGGCAAGAAAGACUGUCCCAAUGGUUUCGAUGAACUCAACUGCGGGACGGAUGAUGUCCUGAACGACAUCAUUAUUCCAGUCCUGAUCGCUCUGAUUAUUCUCCUCGUCCUCCUCAUCAUCAUCUUAGUAGUUGCAUGCAUGAAAUGGCGAAAGGGCAGGAACCCCAAGGUCGGCCAUGGUGGUGAGGCGGGCGCUCCUGAGAAACCACCGCUUGGCAACCCGCCGCCUGCAGUAGUCCCAAUCCCUGCAGCCAAGCCUGUCGAAAAUGGCGCACCGCCACCGCCGCCACCGUUCACGACCACAGGAGACACGCCUCACAUCAUUACAUUACCUAGUGGAGAGACAGCCAUGCCGGAUGGGAGAAUCCUUCCACCUCAAUCCACUGCGUGAUGAGGUCAUACUUCAGUACGGUUCUCAAAAAUCUCAUUUUAAACUUUUUGGUGAACUUGGUGGACACCCAAUCCCACUAGGACCUCGGAUGGAAGGACCGAUGAAAUUUCAUAAUUUGAUAAUGUAUAAAGUGGGGUAAAAAGGCCACAAAAACAUUAAAUAUGUGAAUAUGAUUGGUGAUAAGGGCCAAUUGCUUAUUGGUAUAAAUGUCGUUGUAGUGUUGUAUGCGUUCUGAUUGAGACCAUCGACACGGACUUAUGUACAUGUAAAUAGAAGUUCGUGCCUUCGGAUGGGUUCACUACUAGUACUUGACCUUGUAUAUCAAGUAGGCCUACAUCACGGACUUCUAUUGAAUUCUGUGAUUCUUCUUCUUCUUCUUCAGCGUUCAACGAAUUCUGUGAUAUUAUAUAUACAUUACAAGAACAUUUGUCCAGGAAAAUUUGUCCAGGAUACGACUCGUUUUUUAUUGCGUAUUAUUUGUACAAGAGCCUUGUUCAAUUCAUUUUCCAGCACAUUGUGCCUUUCAAUUGGUUCACUGAGUUGUUACAUAUGCAUAAAAGAUAUGUAGUUGUUUUCCUCAUUCGUUAUUCAUACGUCUUCUAAAUAUACAUGAUUUGUUAAUUAUGUGCAUAUGUAAAGGCUAUCUUCCUCGUGCUGUUUUACAUUUAUCUGGCCUGGGGCACGCCUGGGAACAUUUACACCACGAGUCAGCGGUUCUCCCGGGGCGCGGUUCUCAACUUCCUUCGUAACAUUAACAUUGGUAGGUUAUUUAUUUGUGUAAAGGAGCUAGUAGACUUCUAGGCCAUAUUUUAGAUAAAUUGACUGUCUUGUCAUGGCAUUCUGUGAUGACAAUAUAGACUAUUUUCCAUUAAAAUAUAUUACAGUUAA